AUGGUCCUCUGGAACGCCUACUUCGCCGUUGCCAUGGCGCGGUUGUCCUACUUUCACGAAGACGAACAGAAGCGCUACAGCUGGCUUUGUCAGGGACCAAACUACACACGCAGAGGGCUACCCUUACUCAGCCUGGCCUGGUGGUACCUCAUCAUGAAGAUCGUCGAUCUCUUCGAUACGGCGACUUUCGUGAUGACCAAGAGAAUGAGUCACCUGACCACGCUGCACGUAUUCCACCACGUCUGCGUCAUAGGUGUCAUGUGGAUGUCGGUUCAAACUGGUGUCCUGGGGCAGAACGUUUUCCCCAUGAUUGUCAACUCCCUGGUAAACGUGCCGACGUACUCGUACUACUUCCUCGCAACGUUUGGACCCGUAGCGCGCAACUGGCUUUGGUGGAAACGCUACCUGACUGAGCUUCAGAUUGCGCAGCUCGCGUCCUUCGCCAUCUUUGGAGCCGUGCCUCUGUUCGUGGACUGCGGAUUCCCGCGAUGGAUGGCGCUAAUUAUGACUGGCAUUCCGCUGGUGCUGCUGGUCAUGUUUUGUGGCUUUUAUCGACGGUCGUACUCGGCCAAGAGGAGCAUCGGGUGGCUGGAAGAGUGUUGUGACGUUGAGGCUCACUCGAAACGUGGUUGA